AAUCAAUUGAGAACAGACAUAUUCCUGUUUUUUUAUUAGUUUCAUAUUAUCUUUUAUUACAAUUAUCCAAAAUAAGUCAUCGAACAGGACAUCAGUAUGACACUAAAAGUGGUUUUAUUUUUUGGGAUAUAUCUAGUCGCAAAGAUAUCUGGACAUGGGAUGAUGUUAAAUCCCCCAGGAAGGAGUUCCUUCUGGAGGUUUAACAAAACUGCACCUAUAAAUUAUAAUGAUAACCAAGCUUUUUGUGGUGGAGCUUAUGUCCAAAAUGAACUGAAUGGUGGCAAGUGUGGUGUAUGUGGAGAUCCGUAUACAGAUCCUCAUCCUCAGAAAAACGAAAAUACCGGAUUUUAUGGUACAGGGAUUGUCGUCAAGACCUAUGAACCAGGUUCAGUUAUUGAUGUUGAAAUCAAGAUAACUGCUAAUCAUCUAGGAAAUUUUAAAUACAGUCUAUGUGAACUCAAAGAUUUUGAUGCUCCAGAACCCAAUAAUUGUUUUGAAGAUUUGCUACUGGAGGAUGGUUCAGAUAAGUAUAUUGUAAAUGGGGAAGAUAAUACAGUCUUCAAUAAAGUUCGACUGCCAAAUUUGCAAUGCGAAAGAUGUGUUCUUAGAUGGACUUAUAAAGCAGGAAACAACUGGGGGAUAUGUGAGGAUGGAAAGGGGAGAUUAGGAUGUGGACCUCAAGAACAUUUCAGAUCGUGCGCAGAUAUUGCAAUUUUAUAAUUAUUAGAAACAUUUAACACUAUUCAGUGAGACAAAUUUUAUAGUUAAAUUAAGAAGUUUGGUUCUUUAAGCACUUUGAAUCGAUGAAACUUACAGAUCAUAUAAACAAUAACUUGUAAAGCGGUACGGUUAAUUUCAUUUGGUAUGCUAAUCAGGGGGUGAUUUUCACGAUUUGUUAUAUCAAAAAUCAUUAGUGGCAAAGCUUUAUAAAACACUUUAAAAAAAGUUGUAAUGAGCUGUCCCCGAAAAGCGCUUAAUUUUUUGGUUAUUUCACGUUGAAAUAUUUGAUUUGGAAAUUGACGAAUAGAAACCUACUUUUCAUUAACUGCAAUUCUGCUUCUACUGGGUCUACAGACUUCAUAUACCAUUCUUUUCACUUUUUUAUAAGCUAUAUUUUUGUUAAGAAUUUUUUUUUGGUAAAAUAUUUACUUUUUAAAAAAGACUAAGUUUUCACUCUAAUGGCAUAUAACAUAUCCCACCAGAAUGAAAACAAUGGGAACCUUCUUUGGUUACACCUCCGAGGCUUCUACAAUUUGCAAGCCAUACGGAUGCUGAGACUAUUUCGUUUUGCAACGAAAUUGAAAAUGGUUAUUCAUUUUUGAUUUACAUUUACUCUGUGUGGAGUAUGAAGGGAACCAGUCUCGUUGGAACUUUACCGCGCUGAGCAGAUGUGACGUGAAUUGUAAAUUGUAGAAUUCCCUCAUCUUCCUUAGUCUCAGCAUCCGUAUGGCUUGCAAAUUGUAGAAGCCUCGGAGGUGUAACCAGAGAAGGUUCCCAUUGUUUUCAUUCUGGUGGGAUAUGUUAUAUGCCAUUAGAGUGAAAACUUAGUCUUUUGCUAGCAGUUGCCGCUAGGGCAUCUAUGCCAUUUCGUUCGUUGCAAUUCGGGACUGCACGCUGGGGUUUGUUUUGGUUGGAUCAGGGAGAGCAGCAUAUGUGCCUCCUGAUGAGAGACUAAUAAGUUUCGAAACCGGUAGAGGUGCUUGCAGCACUCUCUGAUUGGACUGGAAUAUGGUUCGGCUGUAUUUUCGUUUUGCAACGAAAUUGAAAAUGGUUAUUCAUUUUUGAUUUACAUUUACUCUGUGUGGAGUAUGAAGGGAACCAGUCUCGUUGGAACUUUACCGCGCUGAGCAGAUGUGACGUGAAUUGUAAAUUGUAGAAUUCCCUCAUCUUCCUUAGUCUCAGCAUCCGUAUGGCUUGCAAAUUGUAGAAGCCUCGGAGGUGUAACCAGAGAAGGUUCCAAUUGUUUUCAUUCUGGUGGGAUAUGUUAUAUGCCAUUAGAGUGAAAACUUAGUCUUUUGCUAGCAGUUGCCGCUAGGGCAUCUAUGCCAUUUCGUUCGUUGCAAUUCGGGACUGCACACUGGGGUUUGUUUUGGUUGGAUCAGGGAGAGCAGCAUAUGUGCCUCCUGAUGAGAGACUAAUAAGUUUCGAAACCGGUAGAGGUGCUUGCAGCACUCUCUGAUUGGACUGGAAUAUGGUUCGGCUGUAUUUUCGUUUUGCAACGAAAUUGAAAAUGGUUAUUCAUUUUUGAUUUACAUUUACUCUGUGUGGAGUAUGAAGGGAACCAGUCUCGUUGGAACUUUACCGCGCUGAGCAGAUGUGACGUGAAUUGUAAAUUGUAGAAUUCCCUCAUCUUCCUUAGUCUCAGCAUCCGUAUGGCUUGCAAAUUGUAGAAGCCUCGGAGGUGUAACCAGAGAAGGUUCCCAUUGUUUUCAUUCUGGUGGGAUAUGUUAUAUGCCAUUAGAGUGAAAACUUAGUCUUUUGCUAGCAGUUGCCGCUAGGGCAUCUAUGCCAUUUCGUUCGUUGCAAUUCGGGACUGCACGCUGGGGUUUGUUUUGGUUGGAUCAGGGAGAGCAGCAUAUGUGCCUCCUGAUGAGAGACUAAUAAGUUUCGAAACCGGUAGAGGUGCUUGCAGCACUCUCUGAUUGGACUGGAAUAUGGUUCGGCUGUAUUUUCGUUUUGCAACGAAAUUGAAAAUGGUUAUUCAUUUUUUAUUUACUUUUUAUUUACUUGUAGACCCCAUAUAUCAUACUCUUCAAUUAGUUUUGGUGCUAUAUAGUUCAAAUCGUCUUGAGCCACUGACUUGAUCGUCUGCAAAGUUGAGCGUAUUUAACAUAGUGUUGGUGAGUGGUACCUCCAUUCUACAUUUUUGUUUCCAUAUUUUUGAAGCACUUUCCACGUAUAUUUUAUAUAAAGUGGGGGACAGACAACACCCUUGCUUUAAUCCUUUUGGCAGGUAAAAGGGGGAGAAGUGUACUUUUUGAUGUUAUAUAAUCUAUAUUAUGUUAUAUAAUUAUAUAAUCCUUUUUAUGUUAUAAAUCUUGUUGUUAUUUGUGUCCCUGUUUUUAUUUUUGUUAUUGGUUGAUUGUAUAGUACUUUGACGGCUUUUAUUAAUUCUAUUUUAAUAUUCGUGCUUUCCAUUGAUUGCCACAGCUUCUUCCGUGGAACACUGUCGUAGGCUUUUCGUAGUUCGACAAACAACCUAAUAUUUUUAUGCGAACCGGUUAAACCUUCUAAGACGUCGCCGCAAAGGCAUUUAUCCCAUGUCAAUAAUAUUUUUUUUAAAUGUUGAAUAUUUUUUUUGUUUACCUAAGGAUUUUAACUAUGUUGUUUAAUUGAUGGGAUUUUGUCGAAAGUACUAGUAAGUUCUUUUAACGUUAUUAUGUAAAUAUUUUUAUUCUGGAUAAUUCGAUUUACCUGUAUUAUGUAAAUAACUUUUAGCCCAUAGAAAAAGCGGUUUGUUUCAUGAAUAAUCAAAAACAUUUUAUUUUGGUAUUUAAGGCAACGAUUGUGAAUGAUUUUUUUAGUGUGUUUACGAUUCUUGAAAGCUAUCACAUAAAUUGUUACAAAUAAACUACAUGUGAGUCCUUAGUUACUUAUUUUAUAAGUAUUGUAAAUGUUUUAAUACAUAUAAGGUGUUGUAAAAUAAAGGGUUUAUUAAGUAA